AUGAGUAAUAGUGAUGAAGAAAUCAAUAACACUUUUGUGCAUAACACAAAGAAACGAAAGAAAACAGGAAGAAUGCGUGAAGUGAUGAAAAAAUUGAGAGUUUCUACGCACGAGCCAGGAGAUGAUUGCAGGUGUAAAAGAUUGAAAUGUUUUGAUAGAAUAUCAUCUGAGCAACGUGCAAAACUACUUAAAGACUUCAACAGCAUGAACUACACAGAUGAACAAAAUAUAUACUUAUGUGGCUUGAUGAAUGUGUGUUCAAUAAAAAGGAGGCGAAGUAGAAAAACAGAAGAAAUGGAUGCUAAUUUCCAUCAAACGCAUUUCACUUACAAAGUGAGGGUGAUAGAAAAUGAUGAGACAGAAGAAGAACCUGUUUGCUACAAAGCAUUUUUAUCCAUAUUUGGCAUUACCAAAGGAACACUUGAACAUCUUCAAAAGUCAUUGAAAAUGUCAGGUACUGCACCAAGUGACAAAAGAGGCAAGCCAGGUUCAAACAAGAGAUUAGACAAUAACAUUAAAGAUUUGAUAUGUAAUCAUAUAAAAUCCUUUAAAGGAUGGCAAAGUCACUACAGCUUGAAUGAUACAAAAAAAGAAUAUCUACCUGAGGACCUAAACAUAAAGAAAAUGUAUAAGUUGUACUUAGAUGCAUACGAGUCACAAAAUCAUGUAUCUUAUGAAACUUACAGAACCAUCUUUAAUACAGAGUUUAAUAUAUCAUUUGGCUAUCCCAGGACUGAUACCUGUAGUGCUUGUGAUGAAUUCAAAAUAAAAGCGAAGGCAUUGAGAGCUGAAGGAAAUUAG